AUGUCGUUUCGUCUCCCAGAUCUUGUCCAUCUCUCCCGUGUUUUUGCUGGCGCCACAAGCCCACACUACGAAGCUGCGGCGUCCGAAUCGACCGCAUGGAUUGCGAAGUUCACCCCAAGCUUGUUUACCUCGGCGGACUAUGAAACCUUUGUGGCAGAGUCAAAGGAGUCCGAGCUCCUUAUCUCGCACACGUUUCCGCACGCGCCGUAUGAUCGCUUUCGAGUACUUUGUGAUUAUAUGAACAUCUUGUUUACGCUUGACGAAGUCUGCGAGAGACAAGACGGGGAAGGCGCUCGCGAGAUUGGAUACAGAUACCUCAAGUCGAUGAGCGGCCCCAACUGGGACGAUGGCUCGGUCAUCGCCCGUAUGGUGAACGAGUUUCGAGAGCGCCUUAUGCCCGGUUGUGGACCCAAAUCUUUCUCUCGUCUGCUACGGUUCAGCACGGACUACGCAUCUGCUCAAGCUCGUGAGGCGGAGCUGCGCGAGACCAAUACGGUACUCGAUCCCGAUACCUUUCGCAAUAUACGUCGCGAGAACAGUGCCAUCCGACUGUGUCUCGGUCUUAUCGAGUUCUCCUUGGGAAUCGAUCUUCCCGAUGAGGUCUUCCAGAACGAGGAGCUCAUGACUCUGUACUGGGCCGUUGUGGAUAUGGUUGACCUGGCUAAUGAUCUGUACUCGUACGAAAGGGAGAACUAUCUCGGCGUCGCGGACAACAACAACAUCACCGUGGUCAUGCGCGCUUACGGGAUGAAGCUACAGGACGCAAGCUUGUACCUUGGCGAGCAGUACGCGGACUUCAUGCGCAUAUACAUGGAGGCAAAGGCGAACCUCAAGGCCCAUUCGUUUGGCGAUGAGCAACUGGACGCAGAUAUCACGCGCUAUAUCGAGGCUCUGGAGUUUUGGCCCAUCGGCAACAUUAAUUGGAGCCUUACAACGACGCGUUACUUCUCUCAUCCCGAGGAUGUCCGGCGCACGAGGCUCGUCAACCUGAGACAGCCUAAAGCCGGCUAG